AUGUCCAGAAUUGGUUUUCGUGGCGAAAAGGCGUUUCUGCUGCUAUACGUGGACGAUAUCCUUGUCGUGUCUCGCUGCUUUGGCGUGAUUAGUGCAAUCAAGAAGCUGCUGAAGACGGAGUUCUCGAUGCAAGCAGUGCAAGCCCGUGUCAACGCCCAUGGAAGCGGGCCUGCAACUACGGACCACUGGGUGCACGCAAAAAGGAUUUUGCAGUAUCUGCAGGGGACAGCCGAUCACGGACUGGUGUACGAACGGUUAACAGUAUCGGACCAUCAGGUGAUUGGUUUUGCGGAUGCAAACUGGGCGACUGACGUCAACGACAGGGGUUCGGUUUCCGGACUGUACAAGCUGUACGGAGCUACAGUUAGUUGGAGCACUAGGAAGCAGAGCACCGUAUCCUUGUCGUCGACCGAAGCGAAGUGUUCCGCUCUAGCAGAUGCAGCGUGUGAGGCCAUUUGGAUCCAAAAGGUCUUAGGUGAGUUAGGAGUGCAAGAAGGGCGAUCGCACUAUUGUACGAGGACAAGCAAUCAACCAUCGCGAUUAUGGAGUCGGCUGGACCUUCGAAGCGACUGA